CAGCUGAGCGACCUCCGCGGCACGGCCCCCCUCCACUUCCCCCACAUCUGCGCCCUCUGCGACAAGAAGGUCUUUGAUCUGAAGGACUGGGAUCAGCACGUUAAGGGAAGUCUUCACAUCCAAAAAUGUAUGGCUUUUUCAGAUAACACUGCUAUCCGGUGCGUGUUAAGCUCAGCCGAUGGAACAUUGCAUUUAUCACCAAAUAAUGCAUCAGUAUACAAUCCAUCUAAUAUUGAAGAUUAUCCACCAAAUGUCGGCGCAUCUUUUAUCACUACGUCAGCAAGAUCCUUUGGCCAGCCAGGUCCUGCAUUUUCUUCUCCGCCAUCAGGGUUUGCCCAGAGGAAAUCUACACUGGGUCGAGUUGUUCACAUCUGCAACCUACCCGAGGGAAGCUGCACCGAGAAUGAUGUCAUUAACCUGGGCCUCCCAUUUGGGAAGGUCACCAACUACAUCCUCAUGAAAUCCACUAAUCAGGCCUUUCUGGAAAUGGCUUACAGUGAAGCAGCACAAGCCAUGGUGCAGUACUACAAAGAAAAACCUGCUAUGAUAAAUGAUGACAAAUUACUUAUUAGGAUGUCUAAAAGAUACAAGGAAUUGCAGCUGAAGAAACCAGGUAAGAAUGUGGCUGCUAUCAUCCAGGACAUCCACUCACAGAGGGAGAGGGAUCUGCUGCGUGAAGUGGACAGGUAUGGCACGGAGAGGCCACGCUCUCGCAGCCCCAUAAGCCGCUCCUUGUCUCCCCGAUCCCACACUCCCAGCUUCACUUCCUGCAGUUCACCCCACAGCCCAAUGGGAACCAGCAGGACCGACUGGGGAAAUGGGAGAGAGUCGUGGGAUCAGACCCCAUAUUCUCGUCGGGAAGAGGAAAGAGACAGCAGAGAAUGGCGAGAGAAUGGGGAUGAGAAGCGGGACAGGACUGACACGUGGGUACACGAGAGGAAACAUUAUUCCCGACAGCUGGACAAGUUUGAUUUGGAUGAACGGAUUGAAGGAGGCAGAGGGCACAGAGAAAAAUAUUUAAGGAGUGGUUCCCCUAGCUCCCUUCACCCUUUAUCUGGCUACAAGAGCAGGGAAGAUGACUAUUACCGAAAAACCUCUAAGUCAAAAUCUGACAAGUUUCAGAGGCAGCUGCAGGAUUUACCUGGGAGAUCUAAGAGAAAGGAGGAGGCAAAGUUGAGGGAACGCAGGCAUUCGUACAGUGAGGACACUGCCAGGGAAGAGGUGGCUGAACAGAAGCACAGCAAAGCUGCUGAGGGCUCCAGGCAAAAACAAAGUGAUAAGAAUAAGGUGAAGAAAGCUGAAAAAGACCAAGAGGAAGAUGCUGCUGCUGAAGGGAAUGAUGUGAAGGAAACCAAACCUCCCGAGAAUGAGCUUGGAAAAGAGGAGCAAGCACCAGAGAAGAGCUCACCUACAGAUAAUAAACAAGGAAAAGAAUCUGGAGAGAUUCUGGAAAACACAAGAAAAGAGAAGGACCGAGACUGGGAGAGUGGAAGUGAGAUAGAAGGUGAGACCUGGUAUCCUGCUAACAUGGAGGAAUUAGUGACAGUGGAUGAAGUGGGAGAAGAUGAUUUAAUUAUGGAGCCUGAUAUAACCGAGCUUGAAGAAAUAGUGCCAGUUGAUCAGAAAAAUAAAACUGCUUCAGAAAUGUGUCCCUGUAUGUCAGCUGUGCUAGAACUGAAAAACGAUCACAGCCACAUAGCCAGGAGUGAAGACAAAUUUGCCCAUAAAGCUUUAGAAACAAACUUCAAAUCUGCAAAGGGCAGUGUAGCUUCUAGCGGCUGUCAGGAUGAUGAGGAGGAUGGUGAUAACGAUGAUGCUGUAACUGAAGCAUCAAGCCUAAAUCUGGACCCUGAGCAGAAGUCAGAAGAAUUGCAAGAAGACCAAUCUGCUAAGGAGCCUGAUCCCCAGCAGAAGGAAGGCAAAAUUGAUAAGAGCUCUGACACUCGUUUAGAGCCUGAAGAUCACCAUAUACCUUCUGUUCAUCUGAAAGAAGAGACUCUCCAGCUCCCUGAUACAUUUAUAGAUGAUUACAAACAGAUGGGAUCACAAGGAGCUGAGAGCAGAGAAGUUAUGGAAAUGCUUGUUAAAAACGUGAGUGAAGAAACAAGACAUGGAAGCCAAGAGUGUCCAGAGGCCAAGGCAAAUUCUAGGUACUUGGAAAUGAGAUCUCUGGAAUACCGGGAGGUAGAGCCUAAAAGAAGGCACUCUCCACCAGGCUGGGAACAAGAGGACGUCUUCACUGAGCUCAGCAUUCCCCUGGGUGUGGAAUUUGUGGUGCCUAGAACUGGAUUUUACUGCAAGCUCUGUGGACUCUUCUACACAAAUGAAGAGACAGCAAAGACAAGUCACUGCAGGAGUACUGUUCACUACAAAAAUCUUCAGAAGUAUCUAUCGCAACUUGCAGAAGAGAGCCUGAAAAUGAAGGAAGAAGGCAGCCACCUGCCUCAGGAUGACACCGGCAUUGUUCCUCACUUUGCGAAGAAAAAACUAUGA